UAAGGAACUCCUGCAUAUCUGGUCUGGUAUUAUUACGAUCCCUAUCUCUCUCCGUGGUUUCUCCUAUCAACAAAAGUCGAUCUCACUUCGCGGCUAACUCGACCACCCGGUGGUGUCAUUACAUUCUUAUCUCAUCCACAUAAAGUACUCAUUUAUAGCGGUUGCAGGGCAGCUGCAUUGUUCUCUCUCUCUCUCUCUCUCUCUCUUUCUUUCUCCUUAGCAUCGCGUCCAAACGAAUACAUUCUCCACCAGGCAGCAAUGGCAGACGAGGGUGCAUCUCCUCGCGAGAUAGUUGUGGAAGCCUGCCGUCGCGACCAGCCUCACCUAAUAGAACAAGUUCUCGAGGGACUCGAAGACAAGUCAAAUGAAGAGGUCGCCGAGUUCUUCAACGGCGUGACAGACUCCAUGGGCAACCAUGCCCUUCAUAUCUGUGCUUCAUACGGAAGCUAUGACACAAUGGACUCCCUCUUCGACAUCCAAUUCUUUGAAUGCGACCCCCUCACCCGUCUCGACAAGGACACCCCCCUCCACGUCGCCGUCCGCUACGCCAACGAAAAAGAUGCCGAACUCGGUCUGGAAAUGAUCAAGAUGAUGUGCGACGCUGGCUGUGACCCGCGGGUCCGCAACAAGCACGGCCAAAAGCCCGCGCAGCUGGUCUACAAUAACCAGGCGAUCAAGCAGGCUCUGCAGCAGGCCGAGUAUGUUCUUGCAGAAGGGCUGAGGAAUGAUCAUGUUGGCAAUGGCUCGGAGCAUGAUAGUGCGAGUGAUAGUGAGUAGGUGAGGUGCUUUUGUGCUUGCGCUUGUGUCUAUGUGUUGUAGACUGAAUUGGCGGCACUGUUACCUUCAUAUUCUGUUCUAUAGAUAUACGAUUGAUGAUGAUACAUAUUUUUAUUUUUAUUCUAUUUUUAUUCUAUUUCUAUUCCUAUUUCUAUUUCCUAUUUCUAUUUCCUUGGUCUUUUUAGUCGCCUUUCUUGCUUGCUUCAAAAGCGAGACACUGUGUUUUGUGAUGAGAUAGACUGUUUUGAAGCUUAUAAAGAGUAGAUUUGCGCUACAAGAUGAGUUGCAUAUAUAUCGUAGGUAUUUUGAACUUGGGUUGAGUGGUUCGAAUACCUGUGACUAAUCUUUGUGAUUAACU